GAUGCUCAGCAGAUAAAAUGGCGGAAGGAAUACAAGGUCACAUGUAGAUCUCUUACAAUGGAUAAAACAAGUCAGAAUACAACUUCUAAGUCAGCGUUUCAUUCUGACGGAAGGUUUCAAUGUUAUGGUUUCGGUUUUAAUGGCUUUCGACAAAUUACUGCCAAAGCUAUAAACGCAAAUGAAAGCCAAGAAGUGGAUUUCGAGACUGGUGGAUCACAUCCCGCUUCAGUCCUAACACCUGUUCAGCUGAAUUUUGACUGUGUUAGUAGUAUACUGGCUUCCUGGUCGAGCACAUUUUAUCUUAAAGGUAAUUUUAAAAGCUAGGCGUCGUAAAAUUGUACUUUGCUAUUAUUUUACAUUUUUAAAAAACGGUGACAUGGAUGUGGUUUACUGGUGUUCGGGAACUCUAUUAAAUAGUUAUUCACCGAAGUGGAGGUGGCUGGUGAUGAAUAUUCACCCAAAUAGCGCGGUAAAUAUUCACCAUUUUCAACGACACUGAAGUGAACAAUUGUUUUGACACAUACGUCAAGGAAAUAUUUAGUAUAUACUAAACAGGUAAGUAACCCUUGUGAAAUGAUUGGCUAGUUCGAAGUGGUUAACUAGUAUUAGUAUAUACUAAAACAGUGGCUGGCUUUGAAGGCGCACUCUGAUUGGCCACAUAAACUCUGAAUAUCCUUUGCAAUUCACCUUCAAGCAACUGGUAUGGGAUUUGUGCCCAAAAUAUUGUAAUCAUUGAAGGAAUAAAUGAAUAAAAAAUCAUAUUUUUGUGCUUUAUUAUCUCACUGUUUUGGUAUAUACUAAAACAGCCAUUUACUUUGGUGUUAGUGUUUGGUAGUGGAUAUUUACCUAGCUGCUUGUGGCUUGUUAAAUAUCCAUCACAAGCCACCCCCACUUUGAGGAAUGGUUGUUAACUAUUCACCUCCAAGCAGCUGAAGAGACAAAAUUGUGUGUACAAUUAUUUAUCAGUGUAUUGUCACAAAUAAACUACAUGUUUAUUUCUAGGUAAAUUUAAUUAUUGCCCCAUUAAUAUUCUUGAAAAAAUAUCCUCCUUCUGAGUGUCUGAGGGAAAUGCAGUACAAAGAUAACACAUGUACAUUUCAGAAAAGAGUUAAUCAGUGUAAGUAUGAGGUGACAAACUGUUUAGCUGGGCUUUGAAUUUCUAUGUGGCUUUAUGCAUGGACCUAGUUUUGUAAUCCCAUAUGGCUUGCACAUUGAAAAUAAACUCACUGUUGCUUCUUCUAAAGAAUCCACUCUUUUUUCUGUCCUAGAGAAUGGUACUAUCAAUAAGGUUGGAUGGAAUUCUAAAACAAAAAUGUUUGGGGAAGAGGAAAAUCUUCUUCCAGAUCAUUUUGUUACAGAUGCAUGCUGUAGCUGGACACAACUUGUCUUUCUGACCAAAGAUGGAGAUUGCUUACAAUGGACUGAUUACACUAGAUUUAGUGAAGAAUCAAAACCUGUGAAAGUCUGCAGUAAUGGCACAAAAUUCAAAGAAGUUGGUUGCAGAGAGUCCAGCUGCAUUUUGGUCACAGGUACAGUAGAUAUAAGGCAGCAAGAGCUGUCUGAAAUGAAUGUUUUGUUUGUAAUAAGAAUAAUGACUGACAACCAGGAUUAUCUUCAUACUAUAGCAUUAGAUCUGACACAGUAUUAUUUUGAAUACAAAGGGUAACAUAUUCAGUUUGGCAAUAAAAAGAGUUGUUGCAAAAUCAAUUUUUAACUCCUGCAUCUCCUAGUUCUUACUAUAAAUUCUCCUAACCAUCUUGCAUACAUUAGUUAAAAUUUUAUCUGUGAGAAAUUAGACUGAAAUCAUACAUUACUCUAGAGUUGAUAUUUUCUCUCCUCCCAUCACCUUUCUGUUUGACAUCAUUUUGGUAUGGUCAGGAGAUGUCACUUAAUAAUUGCUUGGAGUGAAAGGAUAAGAAUUUACUUCUCACAAUGACUAAAGGCAUUGAAGAGAAAAAAUUACAUUCAAAUAUUUUCCAAGUUAAUAGACACAGCUAGCCUGUGCUAUGAAGCCUGUCACUGAAACUUCUUGCAAGAGUGGGAAACCACACAAUUAAGUGGUGAAAAAAGUAUCCAGUAUUAUCACUGUUCUGCCACUGAGUCACAAAGCUUCCCUCAUCAUGCAAAUUGUUUUUACAUUAUGCUUCAAAUGUGUUGAUAAACCUUUCCUAACUCUCACAGACUGACAUUGUCUUUUCAUCGUAGGAAAUGGACAGGCUGGUGUCAUCUGCAAUGAUCAAGUGAAAGAUGGUGCUGUCGCAAAACCAGUUCCUGUGUUUAAAGCAAUAGACAUAGAUAAAGAGAUAACAUCAGUUGCUUGUGGCAAAGAACAUGCUCUGUUGUUGACUUCAUCAGGAACUGUCUACACCCUUGGAAGUGGAAGGUAUUUUACAUACAUUAAAACAACAAUAACAUAAUAGUAAAAUAUAGUAAAAUCUUACUAUAUAUAUAUAUAUAUAUAUAUAUAUAUAUAUAUAUAUAUAUAUAUAUAUAUAUAUAUAUAUAUAUAUAUAUAUAUAUAUAUAUAUAUAUAUAUAUAUAUAUGUAUAUAUAUAUAUAUGUAUAUGUAUAUAUAUGUAUAUAUAUAUAUAUAUAAAUAUUAUGAGAGGAAAAAAGGACACAACUACAUUUCCCGAAAAGCCUGCUUCGUGAAUCGCUUCACUCUUCAGGGGUGAAGAGUGAAGAGUGAAGCGAUUAACGAAACAGGCUUGUCGGGAAAUGUAGUUGCGUCCUUUUUUCCUCUCAUAAUAUUUAUUCUGCUCUGCUUCAACGUAUUGAGCACUGUUCCACGCGAAAAUCGACUUGCAGACUUCCUACAUAUAUAUAUAUAUAUAUAUAUUACCGACUGGAAGAAAUUACGCCGUUAGUUACCGGCGUAAAAUCUUACAGUAUGUAUAUUACCGGCUGGAAGAAAUUACGCCGUUAGCUACUGGCGUAAAAUCUUACAGUAUGUAUGUUACCGACUGAACAAAAUUACGCCGUUACUGGCGUAAAAUCUUUCAGUCUAUACAAUACCGACAGAGCCAAAUUACCUCGUUAGUUCCUGGCGUAUAAUCUUACAGUAUGUAUUUAUUACAGACUGGCCCUGCUUCUAAUUCAAUGAAUUGAAUACCCAUCGCGUUUAAUUUUCGCUCUUCUUCGGAAGUAGCUAUUGUCGUGAGCAAUAUGAAAGCUGGUUUCAAUGAAUGAUUCAUAUCGCUAUACAGGAACUGUACAGUCGUUUGCAUUUUGAACGUUCAUUUUAUGUUUUGGUAGAACAUUAUUGUGCAUUACUGUCCAGCUGGUUUUCACACUAUAAAACAACUCAGAUUUCUUCGAGAAGCUGAAAUCUUCUUUUAACCUCUGCGGAAAGGUUGAAACGUUGUACAUACGUUCAUUGAUAGAGUUAUACACCGGUAUGAUGCAGCUGUAUGGUUGUCAUUUACAGAAACAAGGUCUUAAACCGUAAGUCAGUUAAGUUUUCUAAGUUGUAGAAGUUUUAUCAAAUGCGCCAUUAUGAGAAGUUUAUGAGUCAUUCAAGCUUUCGUAAUACAUUCAAAGUGUAAGUGAUUCCACUGUUUUCAAUUAGAGAGAGUUUUCCAUGUUUUCGCUAGAAGUGUUCUUUCAAUAAUGGUUUAUGGCAACUUUUUUGUUGUUGUUGUCGUUUUUCAAGUUUAGUACAGUUAUUUACAUCUCCUAGAAUCAUAAUGUGUCAGUCUUAACCGGUGUUAUUCCUCGAAUUAAAAAAAGAGUGGACCGUGUAAAAUUAUUUAGUUGGUAAAAAAAAUUGAUGUAUGCUAAAUUAUUUGGGUUUUGCCUUUCAGAUAACUGAAAUACAUGAUGCCAUGGAGUUUUUGCACAUUGAAGUCGAGAGAAGGGAGGAGAACGCAAGAGACGAUGAUAGGGAGAGGCGGCGAAGAGAUAGGGAAUGAAGGAGAGAAGAGGAAAGAGAAAGGAUAAGGGCUCCUGUGCGAGGGAGAAGGGUCGAGGAUGAACGGCCUGAAGAAGAGAACGUUGUGCAACCGCGCCCACUACCGCGCCAACCCUUACGUCAACCUCCAGGUCGACCCAGUUAGAAAUCUAAACUUCUUCCUACCGUUGGAUACAUUUCAACCGUUUAAUUUGGUUUUCCCAUUCACUAAGAUAGACAAAUUUAAUUUAGUCUUACUCGCCUAGUUUUCAAAUUUGAAGGGAGCUAAGUACAUGAUAUUGCGUGGCGCGUUGAAAUGCGACUGAUACAUCCCUUCAAGUGUUGAAUAUGUCUCAGGAGUGCAAGCAGCGAACGAGAGAAAGAUUGUCUUUCCCUAAUUUAAUUACAUCCAAACGGCCAUGUAAUAUCAUUUUGUCAUACAAAGAUAAAGGAAACACCGAACAUUUCAUUUGCGUACUAUUUACUUUGUAACCAUAGCGUCGGUGCGGUGUUCACUUGUAAAAAUAACAUGUUACAUUUGUCACAUUUUUGUGCGGAAGCUCUUCUAGUAAUGCAUUCGUGUAAUGAAAAGGGGAUCUUACAUUGCCGCAUGGAGAUACGAGUGACUCUCUCAAUGAAAUGGCAAUCCAUUCUACUUUCGUGCUAUUUUCAUGUUUUCGCGCGAAAGGUCACGUGGUAUUUCGCUGCUAUUGUUGUAAUAAGAAUCUUUAUUUCCUUGCAGGGAAAUGUUACAACUACGGAGCUAUGGGCCAUAUCCAAGCUCAGUGUGGACGACGUAGAAGUCGUGAAAGGAAACCACACAGCGGGGACAGUGACGUUAGAGAAAAUGAAAUACAAUACCACUUUCACGGCACUGUCAAAAACCUUAAAAAAUUGAAAUAAAGUGUGGUUUAAAUUUGAAAUUUUUGAUUGUGCAUUAUGUCUAAAUUCACAUGGUAAGGGGUAAUGCGGCUGAUGACUGGUCUUGAAAUUGCGAACUGGAAUGAUAACACAUCCUAACACAAACACACACACAUACAAAAAAAAAAAAAGGAAAAGCAAUACAAGACAUUCUAAUUCAAACUAGGCUGCAAUAAAUUUUUUAGGCCCGGUUCAGACGCCGCACUUCAGCCGUCGAAUCGAAUUCAACGAUAGGCCGAACUAAAUUAGUUAAUAUUGGCUGAAUUGAUUCAAACGCCAAACUUUAUUCGGCCAAAAUUAAUUAAUCGAAGAAUAUUAAUUUCGGUUAUUACAAUUGUAAACAUGGCGGACGCCAUGGAUUCCGGCAGCAAUCUGCGAGCAAAAGCCUUUCUUUUGCUCAAAAUUCUGGAAAACAGUGAAAAAAGAAAAAGAAUGCAAACCGUCUUAAAGGCGACGGUUUUACCAGCGACCCAUCCAUGGUAAUCCUCGUCUUCAAGAAUUGAACUUUUAUUGCAAACUGGGAUUUUACAUUUCAAGCAAGUAUAUAUGAUCAUGCCGAAACACGAACAACUCAUGUGACCAUCGUUUAAUUUGGCCCGCCAAGCCGCCAUUUUUCUCCUGCAAAACACUAUUUUGCACAUGCUUUCGAGUAAAGACAGCAUGAAAAGUACAUUAAAAUAAUUUAUGCAUUUGGUUCGGCUGAGUUGAAGUACAGCGUCUGAAUCAAUGCCGGCCUACAGCCGUUCUUCCCGGCUGAGCCAGGCGGGAUGAAUUGACUGACCCGAUCUAAAUUAAGUCAGCCGUUCCGAAUUGGUUCAGACGCCGUACUUCACACAUAUGAUGAAGUUAAUUCGUUGAAUUUGAUUCGGCUCGGCUGAAGUACGGCGUAUGAACUGGGCCUUAUAAUUAGGUUAUCGAAGGAUGCUUAGAGGCGCAAAUGCGGCGUGAUUUGGAACCAACCAGGAGCACAUAUGCCACUCUACCGUAAGAAAGUUGUUACAAACGCAAUGACCGUAAAAGCUGUUCAUGCCCUGUCACUUUUCAAGCUUGACUGAAAGUUUGUCGCGCCAUUUACUAAGGUGGUCUCGCCAAGACGUAAUAGAAAAAAAAAAGAAACACUCCCGCAAUUUACAUAUUGUAAAAUUUUAGGCUAGUAACUAAUGGCGUAAUUUCAUUCAGUCGGUGUUAUAUUAUAUAUGCAGUAAGAUUUUACGCCAGUUACUGACAGCGUAAUUUCAUUCAGUGGUAGUAUAUACAUACUGUAAGAUUUUACGUCAGUAACUAACGGUGUAAUUUCAUUCAAGAUCGGUAGUAUAUAUAUACUGUGAUAUUUUACGCCCGUAACUUACAGCGUAAUUUCUUCCAGUCGGUGAUAUAUAUACUGUACGAUUUUACGCCUGUAACUAACGGCGUAAUUUCUUCCAGUCAGUAAUGUAUUUACUGUAAGAUUUUACACCGUUAACUAGCGGUGUAAUUUAAUUAUAUAUUUAACAAAUAGAUUCCAAGUUGCCGUGCGUCUGUUCAGUAAUAGAUCACAGAUGAAGUCAAAAUGUGGUAAGAACAAAAAAGUGGCACACGAGGCGCAGCCGAGAAGAGAAAUUCUGUAUCUACAAGCAACCAUGUAUUAUUUUGUUUAUCAUAUAAACACAAUAGCCCUUUACCCACAAGAAGAGCCAACUUCAUUCAUGAAUGAAAAUAAAUGAGUCGACAAUUCCCAAAUAACAAACGUGGAGUGUGUUGGCGCUAACUCAUAGGAUGGAAAAAUACGUUGAAUCACGAUUACAAAAACAAUAAUGGUCGUAAUUUUCAAGUUACAAAAUUCUCAUUUAUUGACUUUGUCCUUACCGACCGAAGAAGUCUUUCAGGUAAACGGCCAAAAUCGGCCAGCGACAAAUCUUCCAGUUGUCGAUUUUCAUUCUCAGCCGCGAGAAAUGCCAACACCAAAGCCACUGAAUACGUAAUUUUCGGUUUUUCUUUUUGUAUAUUGGUUUUUCCCCUUCUAGAAAAGUUUGAACCUCACUGUCUGUCAGCGAUACGGAUUUUUCAGUGUUUUAACCGCCACAAUCUGUGAAAGUUCCGACAACCUACCUUGUAUUGAGAAUCGUGAAGGCUUUGCCGUUCAUUCAUCAACCUGACCGAGUGGCGCCAAAGGCGAGUGACGUGUCACCAGCUGAUUGGCUAUAUCAACUCAUGUGGAAAAAAAUACGAUAUUUUCUCGCGUGUGUUGUUACGGCUUUUCUCAGGGCCGGAAAUCCCUCUAUAACACCACAGUUUAUGUGAUAAUAGCGGAGCUCGCAGAGCGUAGCCCCAUAAUUAUACAAAAUAGUAGUAACCCAUCAAGCCGAAAAAAUUUGGAUGUACGACCGUACGACCGUAGAGGGCACUGGGCUCCGAGUCGGACGACCCGGGUUCUAGUCCUGGCCGCGGCAAGGCGUUGUGCCCUUGAGACGUACGGGGAAAAAAAAUGCGAGCUCCGCUUUUAGACUUGGCUAAAUCUAUAUAUUAUAAUUAAUAUACCGACGCAGAUAGGGGCGUAAAAUCGCACAGUCUUUAAAUGAAUUCGAAGCGUUACAAACGCCGCCAUUUUGAUUGCGUGGUUACGUAUUUCUUAAUGCCGAGAGGACCCUGGUAACGAGGGCGUACCAAACAUGGAUUAAUGUACGCGCGUUGAAAGCCCGCCAAAUUCUUCAAAGCCCCCUAUUAUUUGAAUUAAUCGCGAUCGAGGAGAAAGAAAAAUCCAAACCGGGGUUUCUAGGUUAAAAUUCAACUUGACACCACCUAGGAACAGGCUUCAAGAAGCAUCGCAAGACACCCUGAUGAGGGUUAAACAAGCGUUAGUCUUGGCUAGAAAAAGGCGAGCUAUAAAUUUUUAUCAGCCUUAAACACAAGUGGAAAAAUCGGAAAAAUAAGGUAGACCGUUCCAUUUAUGAGCUUAUAUUUAAGUCAACCUCUUUUAAUAGCUUUCAAGUCACCUGGGGAAACUUUUGCAAAUUAUGCUUACUUACGUACGUCAAGGUUAAUUUGGUAUUAUCAAAUGAGUUUCUAGCGUAAAUUGGCCACCGUUGUUAUCAGGCUUUGAAACUCUUUAUGGUGGCCAAUUUACGUCAUCAACUCAGUUGACAAAAUCAAAUUAUCUUGUUAUACUCUCCCACCAACGCAGCACCGCAGUUUCUUUAGAAACUUACCCCUUUAUGACUUACAACAACCCCCUCAAGCCUCAAAGUCAAAUUUUUAAACUAAAGGGAAUUGAACUUCCAGUCAGAAUGCACCUGUCAUUGGGUUUUGAAAGCAAAGCUUGUUAUGAUUAUGAGCGUAAGUAUCAAGUAUUAAAAAAACAAUUACCGUUAAGUUGUUUGCAUUUUCAAGAAAGCAUGUGUUCCUUGGUAAUGUUAGUACUUAAUUAAAAACUGUAUUUUGUUGAUGUUUGAAAUGCAAACUUUGUUAAGCUUUUAUAUUAACAAGAAUAAUCUCUCAGAGGAUGGAACCAAUCGUUUGGGUCUCAGACUCACUAAUUUCUAUGGGAUGAGACCCAGGGACCGACUAAUGAAAACUUCUGACAAAAUAACCAACUAAUAGGUUUUUGUUUGCUUUUUUUAGUCGUGGACAGCUUGGUCGUGGAUUAAUAGUUGAAGAGCAAAGCUCAGAGGUUGUUCCAGCUCUGGAAGGAAUCAGAAUGCUGUUUAUAGCAGCAGGUGGUUGGCAUUCAGCAGCAAUAAGUGGUGAGAGAAGAGAAGCCAAAUAUUCAAUUGGAAUAGCCUAAGUACAUUUCCUAAUGUUUGCUGAAUAAUCAACAGGGCAGGAAAAUUAAUAUUGCUCCCCUCUGGUCACUUUGACCUUAAUUGGCCAGAUGUUGGUAGAAUUAGUGCUUUUUGGAAAGGACGUGUCCAUGUUAGCAUGCUCCAAACGUUUUUGUCAUGGUUUUCUGAUUUUUUCCUUUAACAAAAAAAUUAUUCCAAAUUCCAGAGCUGAAGGACUUUUACUUAUCUUUGGUUAGAAAAUUCAACUUACACUCCUCUGCUUCACACAUGAAUCCUCAGAUAUAAGAUUCCACAGGUAACACAUUUUUAAUAGUUUUCUUAUGUCCAGUAAGUGUUGAUGGAUUAUGAACAUGUAAAUCUGUGGUAUUUGUUUUUUGAGCUGAGUAGAUUUUCUUAAGUUUGAUUUUUUUUCUUUUUGUGUUGCUGUCAGAAUUUGGUGACCUCUACAUGUGGGGAUGGAAUGAGAAGGGACAGCUGGGUUUGGCUGUCAAUCCAAAUGACACACUGUCGUCAAGUGGUGGCCAGGUUCAAUGUCAGAUAGUGCCAGUUCCUGUCAGCUUUCCAGAUGAUUUAGAGGUACUGAUGGUCAGCUGUGGAUCAAGGCACACAGCAGCAGUUCUUGGUAUGUGAAGGGAGAAAGAAUGAGCUUGGUUGAUAGAAUGGUAGGGGAGGGUUUUAACACAAGUUGUACAUCAGGCACUUGAGCUCAGAGAUUACUCUGACUAUAUAGCAGAAUAUUCCAACUAAAUUUCAAUUGCUCGAUCUAUUUUUCAUUCAGGAGUGGGGAAUAUCCUUAUUACUUUUUGCAAUUCUCUGUCUACUGUAAUUUAAAAUCUUGGGUGUUGAAGUGGUAAGGAUAGGAAGUACUGGAAGAGAAAGGAAACAAUGUGAAAAUUCUUACUUCAUUUAAAAAAAUGGCUGUGUUCUGUAACAAAGAGAGGAGAGAGACAGGAGGUGAAGGUGAGAGGGGGGAGGAGUAGGUGGGUAUCACCAUCUCCAACUGAUAUGCAAAUAGGCAUUGGUACCUAUUAGAAUUUGUUGAUCAAACACAGGAUACAGUAAAUCAUGACCUACUAGAUCCAGUUGGAGAGCUGACAUGUAGAUGGUUUUUUGACAGUUUUUCCUGUUUUAUAUUUGUCAAUUAGUCCUCCCUGCAGCCCCUUGGCAGUGUGGUUUGCUGCUGUUGUUCAACUUUUGUUUUGUUUUAGGUUGAAAUGAGGGGACAUUUGGGGAAGUCACUCUUUUGUUAAUUGUUGUUUCAAUGGUGGUGACAAUUAACACUUUCCAGGGAUAAAUUGUUAUCAAGACAAGGAGUGUUUAUGAACAAUUUAUGUGUUGCUUAUUUUAUCCAGUGGAUAAGACAUCCACCUUAAAAAAUAAUCAGGACUGACUCGCAUAACUUUUUUGUACCAACAUUUUAAAGAGAAGCUUAGUGGUUUGUAGGAGAUAAAAAAAGAGGAGAACUGACCCAUUUACCUCACUGUCAAUUAGUUAGUGUGACUAAUCUUGGUUUAAUUUUUUUUCUAAAAGGAGAUGGGAGUGUCUGGACAUGGGGUUGGGGUAAGUUUGAAUGA